AUGUCUCCAACAACUUACGAAGAGUUGCUUUCGUUUGUAGCGCCUAUCAUUGUAAAACAAAGAACUACCAUGAGAGACCUUGUGUGUCCGAGUGAAAGGCUGGCCGUAACACUUAGAUUUCUUGUAACAGGAGAUGCUCAGUGUACUAUUGCUGCAAGUUACAGAAUCAGCGCUUCUACUAUCAGUAGGAUUAUUAGUGAGACAUGCGCUGCUAUCUGGACAUCAUUGAAAGAGAGAAAUUUUCUACACGUCCCAUCAGAAAAACAAGAAUGGAAAACAAUUGCAAAAGAAUUUGAAAACAUGUGGAAUUUUCCGCAUGCUAUAGGUGCAAUAGAUGGCAAGCACAUCGUUAUGCAAGCUCCUCAUAAUGGCGGAUCAGAGUAUUUUAACUAUAAGAAAACGCAUAGCAUAGUUCUUCUAGCUGUUUGUAAUGCUAAAUACGAAUUUACUAUGGUAGACAUUGGUGACUCGGGAAGACAGAGUGAUGGUAGCGUUUUUAACAACUGCAGUCUAGGUUAUGCAAUUGAAAAUAAUAAAUUGAAUAUUCCUGAUCCCGAAUUUAUUGGUAAUUCAGAAAAGGUAUUACCGUACGUUUUAGUUGCUGACGAUGCUUUUGGUUUAAAAAGACACAUGAUGAAACCAUACCCUAAUCAAAACAUUUCUUUAGAUCAAAAAAUAUUCAACUACAGACUUUCAAGAGCCAGAAGGGUAAUAGAAAAUACAUUUGGUAUUGCUACAACACGGUUUCGAAUAUUUCGCAGACCAAUUAUUGCUAAUCUUGAAAAAGUCAUUUUAAUUACACAAGCGAUUGUAGCCCUACAUAACUUUCUUAUGAAAAAAAGAUCAGCAAAAAAUUAUGUCUACUGUCCCACAAAUUACACCGAUAUCGACGGUCCUGCUGGAUUUAGACAAGGUGAUUGGAGACAAGAUAAUUCAUGUUCUGCUGCGCUACAACCAAUGUCACAAUCAGGUUCUAACAACUACUCAAAAGAUGCAAAGCAAGUUAGAAAUGACUUUAAAGAAUACUUUAAUACACCAGAAGGAGAACUGGAAUGGCAACUAGACUUGGUAAAUAGAAACUUGUAA